GGCGCGCGCGCGCGUGUUCCAAGGACGUCCAUCCCACCGGAUCGGCCGUUCGACGGCGGCUCUCAGAUCGGCGUCACGCGUCGCGGCGAACGAACGUUCGGGACCGCAUUAGCAGGCAGCAGCAGGCAGGCAGCAGCAGCUCUCACAAGCCGGCCAAGGCAGCAAAAGAGGAAACAUGGCCCAGCUAGUAUCAGCAGAUACCGUGGAAGGAGUAUUCAGCAUGAUCACCGCGUACAUGAACGAGGACCUGGUCAGCCAGAUUGGUGGUGUCUUCGUUUUCGACAUCAAAGGUGAGCCCAACAAGUGGUAUGUCGACCUCAAGAACGGCAAAGGUUCGGCGGGCAAGGGAGACCCACCUCAGGGUAAGGUCGAUGUGACCUUCGUCAUGGAGCGUGACACCUUCAUCAAGAUGUUCACGGGAAAGCUGAAUCCGACCAGUGCCUUCAUGGGCGGCAAACUGUCACUCAAGGGUGACCUGCCUAUGGCGAUGAAGCUGGACAAGCUCAUGGGAGGGAUGCGUUCCAAGCUCUGAUUCCAGCCGGCGCAGAAAUGCAACCAUCUGGACACUUUGCUCGUGCCGUGUGUUGACCGUGAGACAUGCGUGGUGAAAAAUGUUGCAUAUUCUUGUGACAGUCAAGCAGAUGUUGCGACAGAGGGACACAGUAUCUGUGUCCGAAGUAAAACCAUGUGCCACAUAAAAAUUUUACGCAUACGAUAGACAGAUGGAAGAGCUUGAGUACAAGCAAGAGUUUUCAUCCUUGCUUGUCGCUUGCUCUAUUUAUGGUUUUUUUUCAAUGUGGGGUACCUUUUAUGAGAGCUUAUAAGCCAUCCACCGCCUUAUCAUUCAAAACCGUAAACCCACCUAGUACAGCUGUUCGGAAAGAUAAAAUCUCUUCUGCUAUCCAGUGAGACUCGCAUAACCCCAGAGCUUAUGAUGCGCGGGACCAUUCCAUAUAUAUAAGCAAAGUAAAGCAAAGAUGAUGACUUCGCAGUUCCAUGUAACCUAGAACUUGAAGCUAAUGGUAAUUAAUGGCACAGUCCUGGUAACGAUGAUAUCAGUGGUAGUUUAUUAGAACAGAGCUGCAAGUGCAGCAGUUUUAAAUUAAUGUCAGUUGCAUAUGCUGCAGAAAAAUAAAGAAAAAAAAAGAACAAGAGAAGUAACGCCACACAAUUCAUGCAAGGCAAUAUUAAUUAACAUUGGUUUGUAAUGCUUGGAUGCCUGAAACCAACACAAAAAUAUAACGGAUUCUAUGAACAGUUGAACCCAUUCACAGAAGGGUUCACAGGCAUCAGAUUACACACAGGACAUUACUUAGUGCAUGUGUUUUAUUUGUUAUUCUCUAUGUUUUUUUAAUGAGAUUUCAAAGCAAACUAACACAAGUCCACAUAAUGCGGGUAAGAGACAUGCUAGUUUGUAUGGUUGAUAGUAUGAGUACCAAUUUGCUGAAAACACAUUUGGAAACAAGUCUGUGAUCGAACAACUAUUGUCACAGGACAUGGUGAUAUAUAAUACAACUACAACAGAGAUACCGGAUAUCGUGCAGUGCUAUAAAUAGACAUUCAACAACAGCACUACGUUAGUUGUGUGCAGUGUUAACCAGUGUGUUAAGUUACUGAUCUAGUUAUAUUACAAUGACACACGCAUAGUUUGUGAAAUACAGAAAUGUGACUACUGCAUGCACUGUUAACACACAGGCCAUCUAGAUGUGCUGUUUGUGAAAUAUGCAAAAGUUAGACAGAAAAUUUGCAUCUGCAAUGCAAAGAGAGUGAAAAAACACAAGCAAAAUAAAUUACUCAACAAGUGCGACUUAGAACAAGCGUCUCUGUACUCAUGAAAAGUGAAAGUUUGUAUAGUGUCUCUGUACUCGUGAAAAGUGAAAGUUUGUACACAUUGUGCUGUGUGAGUGCGGUACCAUCAAUGAAAGGAACUGCAACAAGACGAAACAACAGGGAUGCACUUAAAAUGCAAAACAAAAAUGUAAAGAUAUAUAGACACAAAUGCCCAAGAAAUGCCUCUUGGAACAAUAGUUGUGUCCUUUCUCAAAUAAAACUUUGUAUGCAUACCUA